AUGAGCAUCAAUGGUAGUUCCAAGGCUGUGAGUGCCGAGGAGACAGGUCUAAUUAGCUCCGCGCCCGUUGUAACCAAGAAAAAUGUCGCAUCUUGGGUGCAUCUCCUUGCAGGCGCGAGCGGCGGCCUAGCCACAGCGAUAGUGACCUCACCACUAGACGUGCUCCGAACACGUCUCCAAUCUGACUUCUACCGAACGCCGAGCAAAGGUCCCGACGCCCUACAAUCCACCCGACCUUCCCAACUAGCACAGUCCGGCCAUGCAUCGAAUCACAAGACAAUGCGCAUCGUCAGCUCAAUAUACCGCGCCGAAGGCUGGCGAGCCUUUUUUCGCGGCCUUGGGCCGAGCAUGGCUGGUGUUGUCCCGGCGGCGGCGAUCAAGUUCUACGUUUACGGGAACUGCAAGAAUAUCGCAGCGAACAUAAUGGGACACGCGGAAGACUCGCCGCUAGUUCAUGCACAGGCUGCUAUAUGUGCGGGACUUGCGUCGUCAACGGCGACGAAUCCUAUAUGGCUAGUCAAGACGCGGCUGCAACUUGAUAAGGCGUCGACGGCGGGUGAUCCUUCGACUCGGCGAUAUCGAAAUAGCAUUGAUUGUGUCCGGCAGGUUCUCCGGACCGAGGGCGUGGCUGGAUUUUACAGGGGGAUGAGCGCAAGCUAUCUUGGCUCGAUUGAGACGGCACUGCACCUCGUGCUCUAUGAGCGGCUGAAGGUCGGGCUCCGUCGGUGGUUGGAACCUACAGAGGGGAAGGGAACUCCGCUUUGGGAUGAAUUCUCUCAUUGGGUUAGUACCAGUGGUGCUGCGUCUUCGGCGAAGUUGGCUGCGGGGUUGACGACAUAUCCACAUGAGGUUGCUCGGACAAGACUGCGUCAGGCGCCCUUGGAACAUGGCAAGCCGAAGUAUACCGGUUUGGUGCAAUGUUUCCGUACUAUCGCCAAGGAGGAAGGUAUGGCGGGAUUAUAUGGUGGCUUGGCACCCCAUAUGCUUAGGUCUUUGCCCUCGGCUGUUAUCACGCUUGGGGUAUAUGAAUUUGUGCUGAGAUUCGCAAACACAUGA